GUAAUUCUUCAGCUUUUAUAAAAUUUCAGUGGACAGGAUCCUUGUAUAUUUCAUGCAAUGGUCACGGCCAGAGAGGGGUGGAUGCUGUAGCGAAAACGCGGGGGCGGGGAAAACAAACAAUGCACGAGCCACACCGAGCGAAGCCCGCGGGGGAUGAUGUCACAUACCGAACUUGUCCCAGAUUCCCAGCAGGGAGCUAGCUACCACCACCACUACCACUCCUCAUAUGGAGUAAGCUUCAACACCCCCUCUUCUUGUGCAUAUUAACCUUUACUAUCCCCGUUUUCGAAGUGGAGCUUCGAUCGUCCUUGAAUAUUGCAUAUUAUUGAACAACCGCAAAUAUGUCUUUCUCACAGUACAACAGCCAAUUGGUAACAUUCCAGAGCCAUUUCCCUUGUUAUAAAGGUUCUUGCUAACGAUUCCAGGAUGCCUUUUCCUAUUACCACAAAGUCCAAGAACAUUCCCCGUCUGCUCUCGAAGGACCAGCUCUCCCGGCACUCGGCCAUGCUCUGGCAGGAUCGACAGGCACGGCUAUUGCCAAUCUAGCCAUCUACCCUCUUGAUCUGGUCAUCACUCGUCUCCAAGUCCAGCGUUCUCUGCGGAAAUCGUCUACUACUGCUGAUGAGGGAGAGUACAAGGGUGUUCUCGAUGCUUUCGAACAGAUCUACAAUAAGGAAGGAGGGCUUGGUGCGUUCUACGGUGGAGUGCUACAGGAUACGGGCAAAUCUAUUGCGGAUUCUUUCCUUUUCUUCUUGUUCUACAACUAUCUGAGGACGAAUCGCCUGCAAAAGAAGGGCCUCAAUGCUACGACACUUCCUGCAAUUGAUGAGCUUGGAGUUGGUGCUUUUGCUGGAGCAUUGUCAAAGUUGUUCACUACACCCAUCUCCAACAUCGUUACUCGCAAACAGAUUGCGUCAAUGGUAGCAGCUCGAUCCUCGUCAAGCAGAGCAGAACCAACAGUAGCCGACAUAGCUUCCCAGAUCCGCUCCGAGAAAGGCCUACAGGGAUUCUGGUCCGGAUAUUCUGCAUCGCUCGUCCUCACUCUCAACCCAAGCAUCACAUUCUUCCUCUAUGAGACCUUCAAACGGACUCUCCUUCCCCGCGCACAACGCGAUGACCCGGGAGCCAGGAUCACCUUCCUCAUGGCAGCAUUCAGCAAAGCCAUCGCCUCAGCCAUCACCUACCCCUUCGCACUCGCCAAAGCCCGUGCUCAAACUUCCAGCAAGCCACCAGUUGACAAAGAGAACGCUGAGAUUGUAAUGGAAGAAGUUGAGAAAAGCCGCAACAGAAGCGAUGCCAAGAAAGCUGGUAAAGACGUCAAGAAGCUCGCAAAAGAUAGCACAGUCUUCAACACCAUCCUACGUAUCUACCGCACCGAAGGCGCAGCUGGUCUCUACGAAGGUGUCUGGGGCGAAAUCUUCAAGGGUUUCCUUACCCACGGCACGACCAUGAUCAUCAAAGAGCAGAUCCACAAACUCAUCAUCCAGGCUUACUACAUCAUCCUCAAAGCACUCAACAAGUAUCCCAGCCCCAGCGAGCUUGCCAAGCAAGCAGGCGAUGCUGUGCAAGGUGCCGGCGAGAAAGCCGGCCAGUAUGUUGUGAAUGUGAGGGACAAGGGAGGUGAGUUGCUCAAGGAGGGAUACGAAAAUGUUGCUGAGCGCGUAGGCAUCACUACUGAGAGGGCGGGGGUCGUGGCGAAUAAUGCGACGGAGGCGGCGAAGACGGCAAAUGAUUUUUCGGCAAAGGAGGCGGGGAAUCUGCUGGGGAAUGCGCAGGAGAUGUUGGGUGGGAAGAUUGAGGAGGUGGGUCAUGCGUUGAAGAAUUCGGAGGUCAAGCAGGUUAAGAAGGACGAGUAAUGCGAGGACGAGCGAUGAGUGUGGCAUAGGAUACCAAAUGUAAUCUGCUCGGCUGGGAUGGGUUGGGGAGGCUGUUCUUUACUCUUGCAAAGCGUUUUUGGAAUGGUAAUUGCAGUUGCUGGUAACUGAAAAUGAGAUUGGCGGUUAGUCUUAAAUUGUAAUUCCUCAUUUUGUGGUUGGAGAAUCCAACUUCCCGAAGAUCAUGUACUUCAAUUGUCUUUAUAUGUAUGUCCUUCUGUACUGGAUUAUACUUAGCACCAUCGGAAUUCAUUUCGAGUCUUCUAGG